AUUUGCUCCAGCACCAGUGCAGGAACGACUCAGCUGCAUGGCCAGGAAUAACUCCAUCUAUGUGGUUGCAAACAUUGGGGACAAGAAGCCAUGUAACUCCAGUGACCCCAGCUGCCCCAGCGACGGUCACUAUCAGUACAAUACUAAUGUCGUCUUUGACUCAGAGGGGAAACUGGUGGCUCGUUACCACAAGUAUAAUCUCUUUAUGUUAGAAACUCAGUUUAAUUACCCUAAAAAGCCAGAAGCCGUCACCUUUGAGACCCCCUUUGGGAAGUUUGGCAUUUUCACUUGCUUCGACAUCCUUUUCCAUGAGCCUGCUGUAGUCCUGGUGAGUGAGUUGCAAGUGGACACUGUGCUGUUCCCAACAGCUUGGAUGAAUGUCCUGCCGUUUCUGACUGCGGUUGAGUUUCACUCUGCCUGGGCUAUGGGCAUGGGUGUCAACUUCCUGGCUGCCAAUACACACCGUACCAACAUCUCUAUGACAGGAAGUGGUAUUUAUGCACCAGACGGAGCCAGAACAUACUACUAUAAUACGAAAACUGAAGAUGGUCACCUCCUCGUUGCUGAACUAGAUUCCCAUCCUCGCCUUUCUCCUGCCUUCCCACCUGCUGUCAACUGGAGCUCAUAUGCUUUGACUGUCAAAAGAUUCUCACAGAAUGACCAUGAUUUCGGAGGACUCAUAUUCCACGACUGGUUCACUUUCACCGAGCUCACUAAGCCUGAAGGGAAUGUCACCGUUUGCCAGAAGGACCUCUGCUGUCACUUGAGCUACAAGAUGGCAGGGAAACGAGAAGAUGAAGUUUAUGUGCUAGGUGCUUUUGAUGGGCUUCACAUUGUUGAAGGACAAUACUAUCUGCAGAUAUGCACGCUGCUCAAGUGCAAGAGCACAGACCUGAGCACGUGUGGGCAGCCGGUGGAGACGGCGCAGACCAAGUUUGAGAUGUUCUCCCUCAGCGGCACGUUUGGUACCAACUAUGUCUUUCCAGAAGUCUUGUAUAGCGGAGUGCAGCUGGCCCCCGGGGAGUUUGAGGUAUUGAAUGAUGGGCGCUUGAUAAGUAAGACAAGACCAACAAAACCAGUUGUCACUGUAACGCUUUUUGGACGGUGGUAUGAAAAGGAUCAUCUGAAACAAGACUCACAACCACCAGCCUUCCUCUGAUACUACCAUAACUGAAGCUGUACACUAUUAAUCUUACAUCCAAAUGAGAUACAGCAUCCUUUAUUACAAGAAUUCCAAUUAUGUUUCCUAUUUCCUGUUGUAGAAACUUCUUACCAAUGUGCUUCGUUUAGUAAUAAUGCAGCAAUAUUAU